UAUAAUCCUUAAUGGCAAUACAAGACUAUAACGGAAAACAUUAGUCACAUUGAAAACGCGUUUUAUUCAUUUGUAAAAAUGUUUUGACAAAUCUUAUGAAAUAUAAUAAAAGAGAAAUCAGAACAUUGUAACAAAAAAGAAAUCAAACACUAUCUACUUGUUUCCAAAAUCCGUAUUUUGAUAGUUUGUAUUCUAUAUUAAAACAAUUCGGGCGGAGACAAAGAGAUAAGGAUUAAUAGAAAAUUAUCUAAAUAGAUGAUCAGCUAAUAAUUGCAACAACUAAUAGAUAAACUUGGAUUCCGAAAAAUAAAACAAUUUUACUGAGAACUCACCAGUAAGAAAAAUAAAAUUAAAAUUUGCAUCGUAAUUUUGAAAGAGUGGAAAAAAACAUCAAUUAAAACCUGGAUCACCAAUCUCCAAAACCUCUUUCUUCGGAAACCUCUAUAUAAACUGCGAUUCUUGGAGACCCGGACUUCUCUUUUUGGCAUUACGUUUUUGCUGACCUCUUCAGUCACGUGUUUGCUUCAGCCAGUUCAUGGAAAAUAUUAGAAAUAUGACACCGAUAUAAAACGUAUAAUUUAUAGUCUAUCAUUACGUUAUCAUCUACGUCGUUAUCAAAGUUGAAUAUAAAUGAUAUACUCAGUCUAAAGAUAACACAGUAUCUUCAGAAGCUAUUACAUACAUGAAGUAGACAGUUCUUGCUCCAGUCAUCAUGGAUAGACCGAUUGUGACCAUAAAACAAGGAAAACUGCAAGGAAUCGUUGAAGAAAACAUCCUCGGAUCUUGUUUUCUUUCUUUCAAAGGCAUACCUUUUGCUGCUCCACCAUUGGGCAACUUGAGAUUUAAGGAUCCUGAACCUCCUUCUUCUUGGGAAGGUAUUCGAGAUGCUUCCAAAAAUGCUGGCGAUAUUUCUGCACAAUGGGGAUCCCAAAUAAUUGUUGGUGGCGAAGAUUGUCUUUAUCUUAAUAUUUAUAUACCCUACAAUAUAUAUCAAACGACAGGAAAUCCAGUUAUGGUUUGGAUUCAUGGUGGAGCCUAUCUUGUCGGUUCCGGCAAUGACACUCACAAGCGGCCUGAUUAUUUGAUGGCAAAAGAUGUCAUUUUAGUAUCCGUAAACUAUAGACUUGGUGCUUUAGGUUUCUUAAAUCUUGGUCACGAAGCAGCAAGUGGAAAUCAAGGUUUGAAAGAUCAAGUUGCUGCAUUAAAAUGGAUUAAAGAAAAUAUUAAAUCUUUUGGCGGAGAUCCUAAUAACAUCACUGUUUUUGGUGUCAGUGCAGGUAGUGGUUGCACACAUUUAUUAACAUUGUCGCCGUUAUCUAAAGGUCUUUUCCAUAAAGCUAUUCUUCAGAGCGGUAUAAUUACAUGUGAUUGGGCAAUGAUAAGAAAUCAACCAGAAGUUACUUCUUUUAAACUUGCGUCGAUACUUGGUAGUGAUUCUAAAGAUCCUGAAGAAGUUGUUAAAUUUCUUCGAACAAUACCCGCCACUAAAAUCGUCGAGGCACAAUCUAAAGUUCUCACUCCAGAGGAAUCGCGCAUUCUUAAUGUCCCAUUUGGACCUACAAUCGAUGAUAAAGCAAAAAGUCCUUUUCUUCCAUGUUCCAUUUAUCAAUUAUCUAAUGAUGACAAUGAUAUACCAAUUAUGGUUGGUUUUACUUCUCACGAAUAUAUCAUGUUUUUUAAAGAUACCAGUGAGAAAAUUUUAAGGAGAAUGUAUGCGGAACUACCCCGAUAUAUUGAAGCUUUCAUAAACUCGCAAAACUCGGAAAAAAUAAUGGAGUUAACAGAACGAGUUAAACAUCAAUACUUUCAUAAUAGACCGUUUACUGAAGAAAGUAUCCCGUCUAUUAUACGAUUUCUGAGUGAUAUACAUUUUGAUAUUCCUAUCCAAGAGUUUGUCGAUAAACGAAGAAAAAAGAAACAAGCACUCACUUAUUUUUAUACAUUUUCCUAUGUCGGCAAUCAGAUGACCGAGACGAAGCUUAUGGGAAAUAAAUUGACUACAAUCGGAGCUUCUCAUGCUGAUGAUAUGUCAUACCUUUUUUAUUUGCCUAAAUGUAAAGUUAAUGAUCCUAAACCGCCGGCAAUAGGUACAAACGAUCGGAGAAUAAUAGAAAUUCUUACGGAAAUGUGGACCAAUUUUGCAAAAACAGGAAAUCCUACACCUGCCUUGAACCAGUAUAUAACUACUACUUGGCUACCAGCAACACCGGAUACCUUUAAUUACCUAGACAUUGGCGAUACUCUUCAACUUUUAACCAUUACUGAUUCUAGUAAUGUAUUGCAAGAAUCGGAGUUAAAAAAAUCUUGCAAAUGUUAAUAUAUUGAUUAGGGUAAACUUAAAAAAUUUCAAGUUUUAUUAUAUUGUCCUACCCUUAUGCAUUUAAUAUGUACCUUGCGCGCUUUACACACACACACACACACACGCGCGCGCGCGCGCGCGCAAAAUAAAGUAUAUUUUUUCUUUA